UGUCUCUUUCUGUCACUCUUUCGGAUUUCAUGAAUGCUAACUAUUUGAUGAAAUGGCUCAACAAGAUUUGAUUUUUUUUUUUUUCAGUGAAAAUGAGAAAUCUGGAUUCGUGAAUCUCGUGUCUCAUUAUCUAAGGUAGAACGAAUCGAACUCUUCCGAUUUCUCCAGAUCUUGCAAUUUCAUCACUUGAUUUUUCUGUCUUGUUAUAUGGUAGCGGAGAAGCACAACAUAUUGAUUGAAGUAAGACCCAGCUAUUCUAACAUAUGAAGUCAUCAUUACUUAUGAUAGCUUGGCAUCGACUCAUGAGGGUGAUCUCCUGGUUUCAUGUUUCUUGUAUUUAAUUGAAAUGUACACUAGCGGAAACAAAAUCUGGUGAGUGAAAAUGCAAUUUUUAGUUAUCAAUAGAAAAAGGAAAAUCUUUUAGUUCUCUAUUGCAUUAUUCUUCUGAUAUAGAUAAUUUGGUAGAAGUAUUUUGGGAAAUGCUGUGACAUGUUGAGAAUGCCAGUCCCCAGCUCCUUCGGCAGCUCUCUCUGUUGUUGUUGCUCUCCUGCCUUCACUGUAGUAAGUUUUCCCUGCAUUCAAAGCAAUGACCUUGUUAUAGUUGCAGCAUGAAGCUUUCGGCCAGGUGCAUGAAUGAUAAGGAUGCUGGAAAGGCCUAGAUUGGCUGAAGUUUUUGUUUUAUUGGCUGGGUUCUACUUGGGUGUCGGUGGGUAUCUGUGAUCGCCUAUGUUUCUUAUUUCUAAUCGGUUGUUUCGUAGGUCUUAGCUUUCUCUUCAAGUGUCCUGGUUGGCUUGCUUAAGGAUCAUAUGAUGUUUUUAGGGAUUCUGUGCUGGAUGUGUUCUUUCUCUGGGUCUUGGGGUGUUUAAAUAUUUUCAUAGCUUGCGGAUUUUUGUGGUUGGUUCAGCAUGGUUGUAUGGCUGGGGAGGCAAGUAGCCAUGCAUGCAAUUAAUAUAUAUGACAAGACAACUAUGGCUGUACUUCAAUCUUGAAAUCUGAUUCACUAGUCUUAGAAUGUAUUUACACAAUUUCCAGAACAAUGCCUUUUGGAAAUCUAAACAUCCAGGGCCCAGAAGAAGCUGUCGGCGAUCGGAUCGUGGGAGAACACAAAGAAGGCUUCUGUGGAAGCUCAGCUAAAAAAGAUAAGAGAUGGGCCAUGUUGCUGAAAAAACACCAGAUGAGUGAUACCGGGCAUGUGCCGAAGAAGAUCCUCAGGUGCUUUGGAGAUGAUUGUUGGGGUGAAUUGAAUCAUGACUCGGAGGUUUGCUUUUUUUCAUUUUAUAACUUUGUGUUCAAAUCUCUUAGAGAGCUUAAAUUCUUUACAAAGUUUCUGUCUUUGAUUACAUGUUCUAAGGAUUGAAACUGACUAUCCUAGUGAAAAAAUGAUGCUUGUAAGAAUGAAGCCGCUAUUCAAGUAACCUGGAAUACCAUUUGGUUUUGUGUUGGGAAUUUGAAUUAGAAGAGAGAAAUAUUCAGUGUUUCUAUUUUUUGAUUUUCCAAAAAGUUGUUUAUAUAUAGGGUGCAUUUGGUUGCACCAAAUAUAAUGAAAUUUCUUGAUGUUUUGCACUAAACUAGACUGAUUAAUAAUGAAAUAUUAUGAAAUUUCAUGAUAUUUAGUGCACCCAAAUACACCGUUACUGAUUUUUUGUUCUUCUAUGUAUUAGAAACCUUCUUAAAAUGAUACUAAAUGGGAUGUUUUGUUUUUAGGUUGACAGUGUAAAGAAGCAUGGGAUUCUACUAGAAGUAGUUUAGUUUCUGAUUGAUCUGAAACUUCAUGAGCUCUAGUAGUAAAUAACUUUUGCAUUCUUCAUGAGCUCUAGUAGUGUUUGAACUGCUGCUAUCCCAGAUUUUAUUUCAGUCUGCUGAAUCUGUAUUGCAGUGGGAAUCCUGUGCUGAUUCCAUUCCUAAUGGAGCGGACAGUACUAAUUGAGAAAUCUUUUCAUUGAUUGAGUAAAGAUCAUCCAUCGACCUUCAUUGAUUUGGAUGCAUAUCGCUUCUUAAUAGAUAAAUCCUAUCAGCAUGCAUUAAGCUUUUCAAGAACACUUUUUUUUUUUUUUUUAGAAUUCCAAUUGGUGGGGAGUUUCAGUUGUCAGGCUGGCUUCACUUGUUGAAUUUCGUUUUUUCUUUUUCCUGGUUAGGCUAUUGUCAGAUGUCAGUUGUAAUGUUGGUGCUUGACAUCACUGCUAUUCACUUUCAAACCAAUCGAAUAUAGGAACUCUCUCUC